AUGUCCGGACGAGGCAAACAAGGGGGCAAGGCUCGCGCCAAGGCUAAGACUCGCUCUUCGCGGGCCGGGCUCCAGUUUCCCGUGGGCCGAGUGCACCGCCUGCUCCGUAAGGGCAACUACGCCGAGCGGGUCGGGGCCGGCGCGCCGGUGUACCUGGCGGCGGUGCUGGAGUACCUGACGGCCGAGAUCCUGGAGCUGGCGGGUAACGCGGCCCGCGACAACAAGAAGACGCGCAUCAUCCCGCGCCACCUGCAGCUGGCCAUCCUCAUGGCUCGCACUAAGCAGACCGCUCGCAAGUCCACCGGCGGCAAGGCGCCACGUAAGCAGCUGGCCACCAAGGCGGCCCGCAAGAGCGCGCCGGCCACGGGCGGCGUGAAGAAGCCGCACCGCUACCGGCCCGGCACGGUGGCCCUGCGCGAGAUCCGCCGCUACCAGAAGUCCACGGAGCUGCUGAUCCGCAAGCUGCCGUUCCAGCGCCUGGUGCGCGAGAUCGCGCAGGACUUCAAGACCGACCUGCGCUUCCAGAGUUCUGCCGUGAUGGCGCUGCAGGAGGCGUGCGAGGCCUAUCUGGUGGGACUCUUCGAGGACACCAACCUGUCGUUCGUUAUGUCGGGUCGUGGGAAGGGCGGGAAGGGUCUCGGAAAGGGGGGCGCCAAGCGCCACCGUAAGGUGCUGCGCGAUAAUAUUCAGGGCAUCACUAAGCCCGCUAUUCGGCGUUUAGCUAGGCGUGGUGGCGUCAAGCGCAUCUCUGGCCUCAUCUACGAGGAGACUCGCGGGGUGCUGAAGGUGUUCCUGGAGAACGUGAUUCGGGACGCUGUCACUUACACUGAGCACGCCAAGCGCAAGACCGUCACCGCCAUGGACGUGGUCUACGCGCUCAAGCGCCAGGGACGCACCCUUUACGGCUUUGGCGGCUAG